AUGUCAUUCGAUUUUAACGAGGCGCCGAUACUGCCUUCACAAGAAGACCAUGAUACGGGGGGAGGUGGUGGAUCUUCAGAUAAGUUUCAGAAUGGUGAUACCAUUAGGACGAUUGCUGCUCUCCUGACCUUACUUCAUGGUCGUCCACCAACUUCACAUCUUUUUCCUGUCAAUCUAUUUGUCAAAGAAAUGGAUGUUGGUGAUCCUUACACGUUCCUCUUUUUGAAACGUGGCCGUAUGCCCAUUAAAUAUGCUUUCAAAGAUUGUGUGGGAUUCAGAGAUAUAAUAGAGGAUACGUUAGAAACAAUCGUAGGUUCACGAUUUAACUAUAGAACUUUUGAACCAGCUGAAGGCAUGGCACAUAUUGGCCCGAGCAGAACAGCAAGGAUAAUGGCUGGUUUACGAAUUACUGGUGGUGGCACUGGUAAAUAUUGGCUUCCUGUUCCAAAUUCUCGUACACCUUUACUUUCUGGGCAAAUGGAUGAUGAUAGGUACAGUUUAAAUUUUCAUGAUCCUGAUCCGAAUGAUGAAGUGGAAUACAUGUAUUCCUAUAGUAGGAAAUUGGGUGAACAUGGGGACUAUAAUUUCCCUGUAAUUGAUUCCGACCGAUAUAAAUACCAGAGACCACCACCUCCAAAACCACAAAGAAAAAGAACUAUGUCCAAAAGAAGAUCAAAAUUAAAAGGAAAGGGAAUAGCAAAAAACUUUUACUUUGAAAUUGGAGAUGAUGAUGAUAAUGCUGAAUCUGAAAGUAAAGAAUAUUCCAGCAGUUCUAGUAUUCCACCGUUCCGUGAUGGUUGUGUGGAUCUUGUUAGAGAAGAUGGAAAAAGGUUGGAAAUCUAUACUGAUCCUAUUGAAACUUUGUCUCAUGGUCCACCUUCAUCAACAUUAACACAAUCAUACGAGUCCAUAUUGGCAAGAGACCCGUUUAUUCAAGAACCGAUAGCAUCUAUGGAUGUGCCUCAACCAUUGCCAAUAAGUGCAGUUAAUCCAGUUCAUCCACUAGAGAUGCCGAAUGCCUGGCUAACCUCGACUGAUUGA